UACCUAUCAAUUAGUGUUGAUGUAUUCAGAAUUAGCCACUUUCUUAUAGUUUCUGAUUUAUAUCUGUGCUGUGAUAACAACUUGAAAUCUAAAUAUCUGAUUUAACAAAAAUAAAAUAACAAUUUCAUUAUAUGGCGUCGUUAUAUAUUAAAAACCAAAUCCAAAUCAAAUACAACAAUUAAGUCGCAUUUGUUUACAAUAUGGAAGAACGUCUGGAAAUUAUCACUAAUUUGAAGCAGAUAUUCGAAUGUUUCCUUGAUGAGAAUUUCAUCACAAAUCAUUAUAUUUGUCUUGAUAAGCUCGUAAGCCACUUGGCUGCAAAAGAUAACGCUUACAUACUACAAGCGCCUUUUGCUUUGGAUUGGGUUGACCGCUGCAUAAACAUUCUGUGCGAGGACAUCAGCAAAUUGAAUCCCAAAGUUAUUUCGUUUGUUUUCAACGUUUUUGGUUUACUUAUAAACAACGAAUGGACCGUAAUCGAAAUAAGAGAGCGCCGUUUGGUGGACAAGGUACUAGAGAUCGUAAAACGUGAAUCGCAUCGUUUCAAUCCGUCCAUUAAAUUAGGGGUCAUACGGCUUUUGCAUGCUGUGUCUAAAUACAGCAUUGGUUUGGCCUAUUUGCGUACUAUGAGUGUGUGGCAGUUCCUUAUAGAAUAUUGUAAUCAAGCUCACACACUAUAUGUGGUACGUGAAGCACGCCACUUACUAUAUGAGAUGCUUUAUAAAUUCGAUGUGAAAACGAAAGAUGCGAAAGUGGUAAAAGAAAUACUUAGUGAAGUAUUUCAGCCUAUUAUGGAAAAUGUUUAUGACAGCCAUAACGAGAGCAUUGUUAUCAAUGUUGAUGAUUAUGAAUUGCAGCAUAAGCUCUCUUCAACAUUGGCUUUAAUCUCAUUUAUUCUUCAACAAACGCUCGAAUCGGAAGAAAAGACUAGUAUUGCCCAAAUUUGUAAAACGGAGUAUAAUAUUGAUAUUACAGUUUGGAAACUAACUGAAAUUUCACAUAACGAAAAUUUUAUUCGAAAAAUUUUGGAAACAUUAUCAUCAUUUUACUUUGCUAAAUUAGUGCAUGAUAAGUGGACUGGAGAUCAGAUUCCAGCAGAUAACUUCAAUGAACUCUGUGUUUCGAUUUUCAAUCAAAUGAAGUUUUGUGUCUCCCGAAAUUACUGCGUAACUUUUCUUAAUGUUGCUGAAAUCAAUCAUAAAUUGUGGAAAAAACUUCAACUUCAUAAUCGCGUUCCUAAAGAGGUUUUCAUUGAAAAUGAAUUGGUGCGCUUUGAACACCAGUUGAUAACUUUUCAACUGCUGCCACUACACAUACUUUUACGAUCCCAUGAAUUUCUCGAAGAAGAAAUAUUUGAGAAAUAUAUGACAAAAAUAUUCGAAAUAGUUUGUGAACUAACGCUUCGCAUCAGUUACGCGUACAGAGACCUUCUGUUUAAUAAACCACCAACAACAAAUGCCGAUUUAUCAAUAAAAGCAAUACACGGCGCCAUGUCAAUGGUGGAUAUAUUGGAGCGUGAUCAAGCGGUGCUUGUUUUCCAAGCUUGUAUAUAUGCGCUGAAACAGUUCAUGAUAACACUAUACCCUCAUAAUAUGUUAGACUGCCCAGAUGAUUCCGCUUGCACUCUAAAACAAAUACCAAGUUUUUCAGUUAUUUCCGAGUUUUCAAAUGUCGUACAUGCUAUUUUGGUUGCAAUGCAGACGCUGAUCGAACGAUUCAAAAUUACUUGGAAGGAUUCAAUUGAGACAAUAUGCUUAGUAAAUUGUGUUUUGUAUCUUCUACAAACAGAUGACCUGCCAACGAAGGUGUCUGUGCAAUCGCUUAAAUUGUUAAAACUUUCAAUAGAACACUUUCUUUCUCCAAACAUGGCGUUACUUGUGGAUAACCUGAAAGGUUCCGCAUUGUUGGUGAUGGCACCGGUUAUCAUGAAACGAUCUCAUGACACUGCUUGGGAGGUGCGAGACAGCGUUUUAGAGCUUGUCAUCUCAAUUACCGACAUUUCACGUCUUAAAUAUCCCGCAUUUCAGAAAUUUUUAGCUGAACACUGGAUGUGCCGUAUUGUGUAUGAUAUGGCCAAACACGAUUCAGAGCCUUACGUCCGUGCUUCUGCACUUAAAUGCAUUUCAGAACUUGUAGCAAUUGAUGCUAUAUGGGAAUUGGAUUUAAGCAAACAAAAUUUACCCGAUCAUCUGUUUGAUGUGCUCAACAACGACCCAGAAGGUAUUGUACGCAAAGAGGCAUUGUCUACACUUACUAAAUUAAACAGUUUCCGUAAAAUAACCAGUCGCUAUAAAGAUAGUUUCUACUCAACGCUCGUUAAUUGUGUUGUCAACGAUUUACAUUGGGAAGUAAAAGUGGAAGCUUUAAAAGCAUGGAGAAGUGAAAUACGCAAUUUGUUGUCCGAUGAGGGUAUGAUUGAUGGCAUAUUUCCGCCAGUAACAUUCUCCAAAGAGAAGCGAAAGAUUGUUAAAUUAAAUGAAAAGGAAAUAAAUUUACGAUUUUCCAAAAUACUAAAUGAACUAUCGCAACGUGGUUGCCUUGGUGCAAUACUAAAGUGCCUAAAUGAUGAUUGUGAUGUGGCUGUAAUACGAGAAGCCAAAAGUCUGGUGAAAAAGUUAGUUGAUAAACUAGAUGAAUAUAACUACGAUUGUGCAUCAGAUACUAAAAAGUUAAAUAACCAAAUGACUUCGGAGAACAAUACUGAUAUGAGCACCCGUUCAGUGUUGUCUUUAAACAAUAACGAAUCAAAUAAUAAUGAAACAACACUAAAUAGUUCACUUUCCGAAACAGUAAAGUUAGAAAAUAAUUCAGUGGAAAUUGUAAGCGGAGAUGCCGAAACUUUAGAAUUUCUCGACUCCGAAGAGAUCAUCGAAUCUAUACUUGAUACAAAAGAUAUCAAUUUAUUGGCGGAAGCAUAUGAGCAAAGUAUGCACAUAAAUGGAGGAAGUAAACAAACAACGCCAAGCCAACACCAACCAGAUGACGAGCGAAAACAUAUAGACAAAUUAUUUUACCGGCAAUUCAGUAACGUAAAUGCAAAGGAUUUUCUUGCGCUAGUAAGACGCACGGAUUUCGAGGAAGAAAUUUGUAAACAAGAUGAAUGGUUUUUGUGUAAUGAGAAUUUGGCAUCACUUUUGGAAGACAUUUUGAGUAUGUUUAAGCCGGAGUCAAACGGCGAAAGUAUAUCAGCUGAUUGCUAUUGAGCCAGUGAGCAACAUUGGCCAUUUAUAGUUUUAUUAAAUCGCACGUACAUACAUACAUAAAUAAAUGGAGAUCUAAGAUCAAAAUGAUUUUUAUACAAUGUUUGCUGAAUACAUUUUAAAAUGAAACCAUUUUGGUAUAUACAAAUAAAAAAUUAUAAAAAUCUUAAAA